GCGCGUUCUCCGCUUUCCCGGUUCCGUCGCUGACGCGUCGUAGACGUUGGGGAGCGGGAAGGCAGCGGCAGCGGGGUCGGGAUGAACAGCGGCGGCGGCUUCGGUUUGGGCUUAGGCUUCGGCCUCACCCCCACGUCGGUGAUUCAGGUGACGAAUCUGUCGUCGGCGGUGACCAGUGAGCAGAUGCGGACGCUUUUUUCCUUCCUAGGAGAAAUCGAGGAGCUGCGGCUCUACCCCCCGGAGUAAGUGCUGGAGCUCGGCUGGGGGAGGGGCGCGGGCGCCAUAGAGACCUCGGGAGCCGAGGCGUGGGGGAGAGCGCGGACGCGGGCGCGCGGUGCGUGUCACGUGAUCGCCCGGGCUUACCUUAGUGCCCAUAUUUGAUUACGGCACCGGGUUCCGCCGUCCGGCUCUCCUUACUAGUCGGAUUUGGGGGGUUAACUACUGCACGGAGCCCUUACCAAGGAUUUAGAAUGGUUGCCCUUUCCGUGCCUCCGGGACUUGUGUUAGCUCAUGGGUCUUCGAAUUCCGUGCCCCCUCCUCCUCAUUUCCCCCCGAACUUAAGAUGGCCGCAGGUGGGCCCGGAACAGCCCUCAUGGCAAACGCCUCAUCGCGUUUUUGCACUCUGAAAACCGCGGAGACCGCGCGUGAGCCACUGUCCGGUUUUUAAGGCCUUGGUGUCAGGCCGUUUUGCUGACGAGAAAGCCUGCUACUGAUGACAAGAUGGAACUGGGGCUGUGUUUGUUUCCCAGGACGGUCACACAAAACUUAGCAUCUUGAUUUAUCUAACCGAGCGCAUCCAUGUUCCCAAAGAUAUGUCUGUUCGCCGUUUUGGCAACAGAUUAAAUUUUCCUCCUGAAAGGUCACACUGUCCCAGAGCUUUCAGAAAAAGUCAACGCACCUCUUGCUUUUUCCUCCAAAGUAUGUUAUGUUAAGUUUCGUGAUCCAUCAAGUGUUGGCGUGGCCCAGCAUCUAACUAACACGGUUUUUAUUGACAGAGCUCUGAUAGUUGUUCCUUGUGCAGAAGUGAUGCAGCCAACACGAACGGUUGUCAUGUGUAACACAACUUUCGAUCACCGCGAAAACACCGUCCUGGGAAAGCGUCCAUGCUUGAUAUCGUUUGGUUCAUGAACAUUAAGUUUCCAGUACAGGUAAAAUCCCAGAGGAAUCCAAAGCCCUCUCUUUAUUGGCUCCUGCUCCAACCAUGACAAGUCUGAUGCCUGGUGCAGGAUUGCUUCCAAUACCGACCCCAAAUCCUUUGACUACUCUUGGUGUUUCACUUAGCAGUUUGGGAGCUAUACCAGCAGCAGCACUAGACCCCAACAUUGCAACACUUGGAGAGAUACCACAGCCACCACUUAUGGGAAACGUGGAUCCUUCCAAAAUAGAUGAAAUUAGGAGAACGGUUUAUGUUGGAAAUUUGAAUUCCCAGACAACGACAGCUGAUCAGCUACUUGAAUUUUUUAAACAAGUUGGAGAAGUGAAGUUUGUACGGAUGGCAGGUGAUGAGACUCAGCCAACUCGGUUUGCUUUUGUGGAAUUUGCAGACCAAAAUUCUGUACCAAGGGCCCUUGCUUUUAAUGGAGUUAUGUUUGGAGACAGGCCACUGAAAAUAAAUCACUCCAACAAUGCAAUAGUAAAACCCCCUGAGAUGACACCUCAGGCUGCAGCUAAGGAGUUAGAAGAAGUAAUGAAGCGAGUACGAGAAGCUCAGUCAUUUAUCUCAGCAGCUAUUGAACCAGAGUCUGGAAAGAGCAAUGAAAGAAAAGGCGGUCGAUCUCGUUCCCAUACUCGCUCAAAAUCCAGGUCUAGCUCAAAAUCGCAUUCUAGAAGGAAAAGAUCACAAUCAAAGCACAGAAGUAGAUCCCAUAAUAGAUCACGUUCAAGACAGAAAGACAGACGAAGAUCUAAGAGCCCACAUAAAAAACGCUCUAAAUCAAGGGAGAGACGGAAGUCAAGGAGUCGUUCGCGUUCACGGGACAAGAGAAAAGACACUCGAGAAAAGAUCAAGGAAAAGGAAAGAGUGAAAGAGAAAGACAGGGAAAAAGAGAGAGAGAGGGAAAAGGAACGUGAAAAAGAAAAGGAACGGGGUAAAAACAAAGAUAAAGACCGGGACAAGGAACGGGAAAAGGACCGGGAAAAAGACAAGGAAAAGGACAGAGAGAGAGAACGGGAAAAAGAGCAUGAAAAGGAUCGAGACAAAGAGAAGGAAAAGGAACAGGACAAAGAAAAGGAACGAGAAAAAGACAGAUCCAAAGAGAUAGAUGAAAAAAGAAAGAAGGAUAAAAAAUCCAGAACACCACCCAGGAGUUAUAAUGCAUCGCGAAGAUCUCGUAGUUCCAGCAGGGAAAGGCGUAGGAGGAGGAGCAGGAGUUCUUCCAGAUCGCCAAGAACGUCAAAAACCAUAAAAAGGAAAUCUUCUAGAUCUCCAUCCCCUAGGAGCAGAAAUAAGAAGGAUAAAAAGAGAGAAAAAGAAAGGGACCACAUCAGUGAAAGAAGAGAGAGAGAACGUUCAACGUCUAUGAGAAAGAGUUCUAAUGAUAAAGAUGGGAAAGAGAAGUUGGAGAAGAACAGUACUUCACUUAAAGAGAAGGAGCACAAUAAAGAACCAGAUUCAAGUGUGAGCAAAGAAGUAGAUGACAAGGAUGCACCAAGGACUGAGGAAAACAAAGUACAGCACAACGGGAAUUGUCAGCUGAGUGAAGAAAACCUCUCUACCAAAACAGAAGCAGUAUAGGACCGACAAGUGUACCUCUGCACUCAAUGCUGGAAUCAAAUCCAAAGCUUUUAAUUCUCUCAACAAGAUGUAAACAGGAAAGAAAUCUAGUUGAACGUAAAGAUAGGAUCUAACAGCUUUUCCAGUUGUUAGAUGACUUUGUGACCAUCUUGUUAUUGAGUAAGAAAAUAAAGCAUGGACAUCAUGAAAAUAACAGAUGUUACCCAAACUCAUCUUCUAAAAAUCUGUGUAUUUCCAUGGUGGCUGACACACUUGUCAUGUGAUUUGUUAGUGUUUGCCAAGAACCAUUGCAAAUAAAUUGAACAUCAAAGAUCCAAGUUUGUACUAUCCCUAAAGACUGGAGAUAAGCAUUGGAGGCUCUUUUAAAAAAUGCUAGUUACUGAAUUUUGUAUUGUUUUACUUUUUUUUAAUUUCAGUAUAUACAGUUUGAUGAUGUGCUUGAAAUUGGUGCAAAUAUAUACACACCCUUGUAAGUGCAAAGUAUGUAAGAAGUUUUAACAUUUACUUCACAGGACUUAUGGUGAUUGUGUUAAAUUCUCACUAUUGUGUUUUCUUUGGCUCACUGUUUAGGACAGUUUUUCUUUAAAAUAGUUUUGCAGAUUAAAAUUGCUUAAAUAAGUGGAUUCAAAAACUGACAAUGCAUGCUACUGUUCUCUUUCAAAAGGAAGAGCAACUGUGUUGAAUACUAAUAAUGAAUUAGUAUUCAGUGUUUAGAAUCAUUGGGUCUACCUGCAAAAUGAGCAUUUCUUUUUAAAUUUUCUUGACAUUUCCAAGCUUAUUAUGAACAAUAUUGCAGUGUGUCUUGUCAGCUGUAGGUGGCAAAGGUGCCCUUAUAAAAAGAAAACUGGCUUUUCAAAAUGGGCUAUGGGAGCACAAGCUGAAGCUUUAGUGCCUUCUACAAUGUGGUAUACUGUUUUCUAGAAUUUUAUAUGUGCUAGUCAUUCUCAAUUCAUACGGAAUCUAGAUGGAUAUUUCAUUCAUACCUGUAGAGAAGUGUGUAAGUGGUAUGUCAGAACAGCUUCUUACUGAUUUCACCUGAUAUGAGAAGGAAGUCCUGUUUUCAAGAAUGACAUUAGAGUCAUGCAGCUUUGGGACCAUCAGUUUUAUACUGUGAUAAUUGAAAAUGAAACGUGUUCUUAUUUUCCUUAAAUAGAAGGAAACCCUUUAGUUCUCUACAUUGGAUGGCCUUAUUACCUCUCAAUCAUCUUUUCAUAAAUGAUGUGCAGAAAUUGUACUUAAGGACUUAGGAGUAUAUGGGAGGUUAUUGGUUUUAUGUUUAAGGAUACGUUUACUUGAGUUUAAGAUACAGGUCAUCCAUCAUUCUUAGGCUCACUUUUUACAGAAAGUAUGCAAACAGUAAAGUGACAACACUGCUAAUGUUUUUCCCCAGUACUAUAACUUGUGGUUUCUGAACUCAUUAUUAUUGUAUUUUCAAAAAAGUAAUACCUUUUAAUUAGUGUAUUAAAAAAUUAAGUAUAAUUAUUUUAAUGCAAUCUAAUACAAUCAGAUUACUCAGUUGCCUUACCUCAUGGGAAGAGUUACUUUUCUAGAUCUAAAAAGCUGAAUAGCAUGUUCGUUACUUGGUUUCAACUAGAGUUUUCUUUUAAUGUUAAUAAGAUUGAAACUUUAGUAUUUGGUGGGGAAUGGAAAGAGUUGCCCUUAUUGCAAGUAAUGAAGCCUGAUUUGAUUAUGAAGCUGCUUAAUCACUCUUCAUGUGUUCAGAAUUACUGUUUUUUUGUUUGUUUUUCCUUUUUGUCACUGUGUACAUUAAAAUUUUGGAAGAUGCUUUACUAUGUAAAGUAUAGAUGGUCAUUUUAAUCAUUCAGCCACAUAUGGUUGGCUGGUAAACAGCUUAUUCUGAUACAAGAAUGCUUGGGUGCAUAUGGAAAGAUUGUGAAAGAGUGUGUCUUGCAUCAACAGCUGUCUUAUUUAUGAUAUAUAAGUAGAAAUAGAGCAAAUGUUGUUGGAAUCUGUUAUUUUUAGUACCAUUUCUUUAAUAAAGCUAAGUAUUUUAGAGGAAAAUAUUUGUUUAUGCAUUUCAAAAAAGCAUUUUAGUUUUAUCCUGCUUGUUUUAGUUGGCAUUGAGAUUGUUGUGACGUGGAGAGUGUGUGUUUGUGUGGUGUCUAUGAAACAAGUCAUUUAAGGUAUGAGUGUUUUCUUGUACUCUGGACCUAUUACAUGUUUUUUUAUGUCGGUAAUUAACAUUUAAUUUGGUUCCUGCUGCUAAUAAUUUUCUUUGCUGAUAUUUAUUCAGCUUUAAAAUAAUCUUACUAUAAUCUUGAAACACUGAUUUGUAAAAGCUAAGAAUGAGUAGGAAUACAAGAGAUCUGGAGAAACAAAUCAGAUUGUUAUUGGGGUUUAACAUUUUCUUAUUUGGGCUUAUGGAAGCAAGGCAUUCUAAGGUCUAGAGGGAUGUAUGUGUGUCCAUGUGUGCGUAUGCGCACGUGUGUGUCUGUUUGAGACAUACUUUCUCUGUUGACUUAAAAGAGCUCAUAUUUUCAUUCAUUUAUUUUCUUUCAGGGUAUUUUGUUUUUUUCUUUAAGACUUUUUUUUAAAUCCCAGGUAGAUGUUGUCAGAUAAACUUGAGGUAAGGCCAAGAAGACAGACAUUUUAUACUUGAUACUUUCUGUAAUUAUCUUUUUUAGCUUGAUUACGUAGAGUACACUCUGUUCCUUAAGUUGUAGUUGCUAUUUAUCAUUGUAGACAAAUUCUGUUGCCUUUCAGCAACGUAUACUGAACUAGUAUCAUAAGAUGGUGCAUCAGUUCAUAAGCUAGUGCAUCGGUUUUGUGUCAAAACUUUGAAAUCCUGAAGUUCUGCAGUUAUUGUCUUAGUUAUUUUCUAUCUAAUUAGCUUAUAAUUGCAAACACUAGUCAGCUUGUGAUCUCUGUGUUUCAAGUUCUUUUCUUCAAGAGGUUCAGUACCUACUAUGUUGAUCUUUGGCAGUGCCAGAGGCUUAAAUUUUGACAUGCUCAAUUAAAAAUAAACACUGGCGUUUAUAAUGAAAAGGUUUUUUUUUUUUUUGCCGGCGGGGGGCAGGGGGUGGUCCAAGAGAAUUUAUUUUGUGAUAGUAUUAAUUUUCAAGACCUUCAGUCAUUCCUAUGUCUAUGUUGCUAUCUUUAUUUUAAAACUUAGAACCCUGAUCAAACUCCCCUCUCAAGUGAAGAUACUGUGUAGAUUCAAGAGUUAUAAUGUAGAGUAAUAGGCCUUUAAGUUUUUUUUCAAUCUUAUUAGAAAUAAAGAGCAUGAUUUAAUUAUUGUUGAAUUAGCAAUUAAAAUGAAUCCCUUUGGAGGGAUGGCAUUGAAUAACUUAUGAUUUCAGUGAAUCAUUUAUGUUUUCAUUGGAAGACAGUAUCUGAUUUUAACUGGGUGCAUUAUGAAGUAGAGCCAUUCCUACGAAGUAAAUGUGCAGUGCCCAUGUGUUUCUUGUGUUUAAAUUUAUUUUUACUACAUACAUAUUAUUUUCUCAUGUUUAUUUACUAAUGUAAUUUUCACUUAAAAUUAGAUUGUUUAUUUUCAAAUUUUAAAAGCUAGUGCUCUUAAAAGAGCUAAAUUAUAUUUCUGGAAACAGGAGUUUAGUAUAAAUGUAAUAAAAUUUUAAAAUAAAAUUGACUUCCCUACUUA